GCAAAGCUAUGGAACUCGAUCGUUUCCGUACUUUCGGUCUUUAGUUCGUGGGCAAUAUGGGUAUCAGUCGUGAUCAUUGGCAUAAACGACGUGCCACUGGAGGCAAAAGGAAACCUAUCCGCAAGAAGAGGAAGUAUGAGUUAGGUCGCCCAGCAGCUAAUACGAAGUUAGGACCACAACGUAUCCACCUUGUUAGGACCCGUGGUGGCAAUGUAAAACAUCGUGCAUUGCGUUUGGACACAGGAAACUUCUCUUGGGGAUCUGAAUGUGCAACUCGUAAAGCUCGUAUUAUUGAUGUUGUAUACAAUGCAUCCAACAAUGAAUUGGUCCGUACCAAGACUCUUGUAAAGAAUGCUAUUGUUGUUAUUGAUGCCACACCUUUCAGACAAUGGUAUGAAAGUCAUUAUGUAUUACCUUUGGGACGCAAGCGAGGUACUAAGCUCACACCUGAAGAAGAAGCAGUUAUGAAUAAAAAACGCAGUAAGAAGGUGGCUAAAAAAUAUGCAACAAGACAACGUGUUGCUAAAGUUGAGCAAGCUCUGGAAGAACAGUUUGCUACUGGUCGUCUAUUAGCUGCUGUUUCCUCUCGUCCUGGACAAUGUGGACGUGCAGAUGGUUAUAUCUUAGAAGGAAAAGAAUUGGAAUUCUACAUGAGGAAGAUCAAGUCUAAAAAGGCGAAGUGAUUAUAUUAAUAUAAUGUGUAAAAAAAAUUGGGAUGAAUAAAAUAAUUCCAGACAA